CAACCGCCUCCACCCAACGCCACCAUCACUACAAAGCAUCACUUUGCCCGUUCUCAUUCUCUGCCCACACCUGUUCACCUUUGCUUUAACUCAUAUACACAUGCAGCUGCACUUCCAGUAUUUCUCCAUUUAAACUGGGCACAAACCAUCCGGUGCGCACACACACACACACACACACGCCGUGCCUCCCUUAUAUUUCCUAACUUCUGAAGGAGGAAACAACGAUGGCGCCUUCAGUUCUGCAGAAUGGUGGAUUCAUUUUGGGUUUGGUCGGUACAGCAGCCCUCAUCGCAGGAACUACCAUGAACAACUGGAGCGUCAAGGACAGGCAGGGGGAUGUGGUGACAUCUGUUUACACCUACAAGGGUCUGUGGAAGAACUGUGAGACCGCUUCCUCAGGAUUCACCGAGUGUCGCCCGCUCUACGGCCUCCUGGGCUUCUCAGGUACUUUCCAGGCUGUACGAGCCCUGAUGAUAGUGGGUGUGGUGCUGAGUGUCCUCGGAGGGGUGAUAUCCGUUUUCUCCCUGGCCUGCCUCAAAAUGAACAGCAUGUCGGACACCACCAAGGCAAAGAUGAGCCUCACCGCGGGCAUCAUGUUCCUCAUCGGGGGUGUGUGUGGCAUCGCAGGAGCUUCCAUCUACGCCAAUCAGAUUGUGGCCAGUUUCAGGACGUCCACCAACCCAAACUAUGGAGGAGGAUUCGGAGACAACAUGCAGGGAGGGGGGAUGCCCAGAUACACUUUUGGCCCUGCACUGUUUAUCACCUGGAUAGGAGGGGGCAUCCUGCUUAUUGCUGGCAUCCUGAAGUCACUGGCUUUCAAGGGGAUGGUGAAAGAUGAAAAAACACAUUACCCGGGGGUUGCUUACAUACCUCAGCCCCACGCCAAAACCGAUCACCAUUCAGAGGGCGGCAAGAAAGACCAGAAUUUUGUGUAACUUCAACACUCCGCUGCGUUGACAAUUUGUGUUUGCGGUUAGCUGUUCACACGCAGCAUGCUUUGUGGGAUGCUUUUUUCUUAAGUUGCCUCAUAUACACAUUAAAUACGUCUUUACUAUCUGAUAAUGGGGGUUAAUGUCUCACAUUGUAUCAACAGGAGUAAGAAAAAAAGGAGUUCUGGCAAAAUAUGUAGUUUUCACAUGCACAUCUCCAUGCUUAGAUAUUUAUGAACCCUAUACUUGUAUGUAAUCGAAGCAUUUUUUACUUGUUUUGUGAAAUCAUUAAAGGUUUUAUGUUAAUAAAA